AUGUACGAAAAUCUUGGAGGCACCAUAUACGGCAACGUGGCAGCCGUGUCAUGGGGCGCGCCGCGCAUUGACCUCUUCGGGGUAGGAAUAGGCAACGAAUGCUGGCACCAGUGGUAUGAUGGCGACUCCUGGCAGCGCUGGACAUCGCUCGGGGGGCUCUUUGUUGGAGACAUAUCGGCCGUCUCCUGGGCUACCGACAGGAUUGAUUUAGUCGGCCGAGGCGUCGAUAGCCACAUCUACCACAACUCGUGGAAUGGAGAGUACUGGAGCGGCUGGUACAACAUUGGCGGUGUUGCCAUCGGCAGCCCUAAGGUAGUUAGUUGGGGGCCGCAGAGACUCGACGUCUUCAUUCGCGGACCCGACAACUCCGUCUUCCACAAGGGGUGGGACGUUUCUCACCUAUACCUGUCUGAUCAGAAUUGGUACAACCUCAGCGGCGUCGCCCUGGACGACAUCCAAGCGGUCUCCACGAUGCCCAACCGACUAGACAUCUUCAUCCGAGGGCCAAGGAACGAGGUCCUACAUAGGAGCUUUGAUGGGAUCCGAUGGUGGUCAUGGCGCAACUUGGGCGGAGCUACGGCUGCGAGACCAGACGUAGUGACGUGGGACAACAAGCACAUAGCCGUGGCUAUACAAGGAACCGACAACGCGGUCUACCUGAGGGAGUUUAACGGGCGGGAGUGGACAAAGGACUGGCGGUCCAUCAAUGGGCUCCUGACGGGUGCGCCAGCGCUUCAUCCGCGAAGCGGUGAGAACCAAACGGUCGUCUUCGCAAGGGGAAGGUAUUCUGAGCUUGUUGUGUACGAGUAG